AUGGAGUCGGGACGGGAGGUGGAGAAGAGAGGUUUUGGUGGUGGCGGGGCAGCCGUCGCCCGUCGGGAAUGGAGGUGGAUAAGAGAGGGGGAGGGCGCGUCGGAAAUGGAGGCGGAAACUCGAGAGAGGUUUUGGUGGUGGCAGGGCGGCCGUCGCCUGUCGGAUUGGGAGUCGGGACGGGAGGUGGAGAGUCGCGGUCUCGCCGGAGAGGAAGAGGAGUCGCGGUCUCGUCGGAGAGGAAGAGGAGUCGCGGAGGCCGGAGAGGAAGAGAGGAAGAGAGGAGUCGCGGCGGUCUCACGGAGAGGAAGAGAGGAAGAGAGGAGUCGCGGCGGUCUCACGGAGAGGAAUUAG